AUGAUCUUAGAAAGUGUAAAAUGUUGCUUUUCGUUGCAAUCCAACUUUACACGACCGCCUAAUGUAUAUCGAAUUGGUGUAAAUGCUUCCCACGUGGACGCUCGUAAAUAUAACAAUGCGUACGUUGCCAUGGUGUCGUUUCCACCGAAUUAUCAUGUAAUAGAUGAGCCAUCGUCUCCUUAUUCAUACGUAUCAUGUAUAAAAAAAAGCGACAAUGAACCUAUGUAUCAAUGUGAUUCAAAAGAUAAAUUGACUUUUUAUGUUGAAUUAACUGUAUCAAUAAUACAACCUCAAAAUAAUUCAAAUUCAUUGCCUCAAAACAAUACACCAUCAGCAACCGUGAACAUAUUUGGAGAUCAGUGUAAUCAACAGGAUAUUUGUCCAGAUCUUGCUGCUUUAGCUGAAUCCGCUAGUAAUGAUGAUAAAAUAUCACUUGGUCCAUUUGGCACUUGGCCGAAAACUAGUGUAAUUAUCUUUGGAUGUAUUCUAGCUCGUGACGAUGAUUCUUUUAAUCCGAAUUCACUUUUACAAAGUGAGGAUGAUGAUAACGAUGCUAUACAAAUGUCAACGAAUGAUACAUUAUCUAAAUUGAAGAGCAAGAAUAAUGACAAAUAUAAUAUUAAUCGAUCAUUAUCACAAAGAACGCAUGAUAGCAAGACAGUUAUGUAUAAUAAACAUCCUUACAAUAAUUUUACGCAGGAUUCUUCUAUAGUAAUUAAUGUGGAUGGAGAAUCAAAUACUGAUAAAGAUCUUCAGAUAAAUGAAAAAGAUGCAUAUUUAUCAUCAAAUAACGAAAUAUAUGAAAAUUCAUCACAGAUAAAUUCAAAUAUCGAGCAAGAAGCAGCUGAUGUAACACAUCUUAAUAAUAUGAAAUCAACAGAUUUAUCAGGUUAUCAAUCUGUGAAAGAAAGUUUUGGUCAACAAAAUUUUCAAGAGGAACGACGUAUAAUAAAAAAAUCUACAUCACACACGGACUUUGGUAUAAAAUUCUCAGAUUUAGAGAUAGAUAUUAUUAAUCUUCCCAGAACUAUUUCUGCAUCAUCAGCUCCUAAUUCAAAAAUAGCAAUAGAUAAAAUCUGA